UUUUCUCUUCUCUUUCAUCACAUUUCUCCCAAAGUUGGCUCACCUCUUCUCAUUCAUGAAAAUUUCUUCACUUAGUUGCCUUUUUACCAAACAACCUGGUUUUAUCUCUCAGGUCACUAAAAUUCCAUACAUACCUGUUCAAUUUGAUAGUUCAGAAUUCGGAAUUAGGGUAUUGUGAAGAAAGAGAAUUUUAAAAGAAUUAGGGUAUUGCGUUGCCAACUCGUUACAAAAAAUUCCUUUUUCUUCCACGCAAUCCAAUACCCAAUAGCCCAAACCCCUCUCCAUCGUCUUUUUGUUUCAUCUACCUUUUGUUUUUUUAAGAAAAAAAAACAUUACAUUACUCAAAAAUUUAAUUUAAUAUCCUUUUUCAACCUUCUCGUUGUUAUUUCUUUUUGUUCCUUUGGUGUUUCUUCAACCCUUGUUUUAUGUUUCCGCGAACUAGAGAAUCAGCCAAACUGUUUUUCUAGAUUGUUAAGGCUUCAGAAGAAGCUGGGUACGUCAGAGACCUCUCAAAUGAUUUGCAUGUCUCAACCACGGAAGUCAUAUUCUGGAAAAUUUUUAAGUGCCAACAAUUGAAGUGUUCCUUGUAGCUGCUCUAACACCUACACUAGCAGCACCAGAGAUGAGAAUGAACUGAGGGAGGAAUCAGAAGCCCUUUGUUGGAGAACCCGAAUAUAUCCCCCUAAAAAGGCUUGCCAGACAAGGCAUCAACAACAAGAUUUGCAUUUGGUUGGGUGGGUUCUUCCCUGUGGUACUGUCAAAUAGCUAGUGAAAAUUUGAGAGUUUUGAUAUGUUUGCUUGCAUUUGGGAAGCUUCACAAAAAAGUAUUGCAGAUGCCUUCUGUGGGUUUGGGUUAUCAAAUGUUGAACUAAGCGAGCUUGUCUUGUCCUAUGCUCCCUUUUUGCUUCGUAUAAACAUUCUUUUUGGAAAAAGGAAUAUAUAUAUAUAUAUAUCUUUAGGAAUCAAUUUCUAAAAUGAUUAAUAGGAAGAGUAACUCUUGGAAUCCGUCAUUUCUAUUACAAUAGUCUUGAUAUUAUAGAUAAUAAAAUUCAAACCAUGCCAUGGACAGCGAUUCUUGAAAAGGUUGUCCAGCUACAAAGUUUGCAACAGCUUUGUGUGGUUAAGGAUCUUUCUGCUCAUGAUGUGGUGAUGCAAUUGAUGCAGAAGGAGAACUACUUGAUCGGAAUGCUUAACAAGGGAGUACUUGCAUUUCCAAUCUCAAAAUGGGUCCCUGGUGCUGGUCCAACUGUCAAAUCUGGUUCAAAGGGAAAGUGCCGUCGUUUGAUAUUGACUGAAACCCUUGAGUGGACCUUAAAUUGGUGCAUACUAUAGAGCAUGUUUUGAUAGUGGAGUUGGAAGGUUUGAAAAAAGCACACAUUCGAGAUGGCGUUGCAGUGGUGCAAUAUCUUGUCUGGUUGGAUAAGCAGGUAAUCCGUGAAACUUGUUCAUCUGUUUAUUUCUUGGACAAGUAGUCAAUAUACCCUUUUUUGAGGAAAAGCUUUUUAUGAAAACAAUAAAACUAAAAAAAAAAAAAAAAAAAAAGAUGUCUAAGCUUUUAGUGCAUAUACGGAUGUAGGAGAUAUAUGGGGUUUCUGGUUACUUCUUGGAGGGAGACGAAGUGACUAAGAAAAAGCAAUUGUCCUCAAGGGUCCUAUUGCACUUGGGAAUGCUCAAUUUCCUAAUGGAACCAAUGGUAUUUUAUUUUAUUUUUUAAAUUAUGUAUUUCAUUUUAAGUGAAAUGUAUUGACUAUAUUCUUGUAAGUUUGUGUGAUAGGAAGGUACAUGUUCAUUUUCCUACAGGUAAUGCCCUAAACAUUCUUGCUUGAGUUCCACUAUAGAAAAAUGGUCUUGAUUAUUGGCAUGGUACAGGCCACGAAAUUGGGUCUUACCUUAAUGUUCAUGAAGGCAAGUGUAUUUUACUACUUUCCUCUAUUAUUACUGGGUAUGAGCUAUUGUCUCAAUUGUUAUAUUUGAACCUUUAUACUUCUUUAUGGACACUCUAGGUAUUUAAUUAUUUUAUUUGAAACUUGUAUACUAAAUAUUGUAACUAACCGCAAACAUUUCGUUUGAUUUCAUCCAGGUAUCAAAUUAGUCUCCGUUAUAGUGGAGGUGCCCCGUAUGCUUUUAGUGCUGUCACUAAAGUUGGCAUUAUACCAAUUGUGGUGCGAGUUGGUGUUCGAGAUUUUGACAUUGAUGGGUUACGAACAUUUGUUAGACCCAACAUUCGGGACUUUCAGCUGGUGAUAGUCGACAUGGGUUCUACCGCAACCAUGGCUGAACUUAGGGUUAACCAUCGCUUCUCAUCCGUCAAUGCCCAUGAAAUCAUUCGAAUCAACCAAAUCUUUGCGAGUAAGAAUGCGCUACAGAAGAAGAUUAGUCUUUAUGCACUAAGGAGAAAUUUUGAAUUCAAGGUCAAGAAGUCGGAUAGAGUCCGAUAUGAGGUUGUAUGUGCAAACAACAAUUGCAUGUGGCGAAUGCGUGCUACCAAACUACAUGGUGAUAAUACAGAGGCCUUCAUGAUUAGGGCCUUCAAGGAUGAGCAUAUUUGCUCUUUAAAUAUCAUGAAAAGGGAUCAUCGUCAAGCAACAAGUUCAGUUAUCGGAGACAUCAUCCAGCCAAUGUUUGAUGGGAUUUCAAGGCAAUACAAACCUCGAGAUAUCGUGCAUGAGAUUCGCUCUAAUUACGGAGUAAACAUAAUCUACAACAAAGCAUGGGCCGUUAAGGAAGUUGCAUUAUCAGGUUUAUGGGGCACGCCAGAAGAUUCAUAUGCAAAACUUCCUUUAUGGAGUCACGUUUUGAAGAGCAAAAAUCCGGGCACGUUUACUCGAAUUGAAAUUGAUGAUCAAAACAGAUUUUUAUAUUUUUUCAUGGCACUUGGAGCUAGCAUUAGAGGGUUCCAGCAUAUGCGGAGAGUCACAGCUGUCGAUGGAACUACACUGAAGAAUAGAUAUAGAGGUUUGUUAUAUAUUGCAUCAUGUUUGGAUGCGAACAAUCAAAUUUAUCCACUUGCUUAUGGAAUAGGCCCUGGGGAGACGGAUGCGGCUUACACGUGGUUUUUUGAGAGCUUUAAAGAAGCGUUUGGAGAUGAUCCGAAUAUAGCUUUUAUAUCGGAUAGACACAAGAGCAUUGCAAAAGCAAUAUGUACAGUUUUCCCUAAUAAUCACCAUGGCCACUGCACAUAUCAUCUUGGUACAAAUUUACGUGCUAAGAAGUUUAAAGGUAAUGUCAACGCGAUUAUAUCAACUUUUAAUGAUGCAGCUAGAGCAUAUAUUGUUGAGGAUUUUGAUAAGGCCAUGCAGCUUUUAGCAGGGGUUAGUAUUGAAGCUGUACAAUAUCUCAAGGAUGCAAGUCCUUCAAAAUGGGCUAGAUCACAUUUUCCGGGCAAUAGAUACAACAUAAUGACAACUAACAUUGCAGAGAGCAUGAACUCUGUGCUUAUUGAUGCUAGGGAUAAACCUGUUUUGCCAUUACUAGAUCACAUUCGUGAUGUCUUGCAAAGGUGGUGGUAUGAACGUCGAACUAACACUGCUGCAAUGCAAACUCCUGUUACUAAUUGGUUGGAAAAAAUCAUGCAGGACCGCUCAAAUAAUGGCAGAGGCUUAUGUGUUAUGCCAAUGAACUUAUAUGAGUUUCAAGUUGUUGGCCAUGGCAUGUUCGUUGGAGUUGUUAACUUAGAAAAUAAGACGUGCUCAUGCAAGGAAUUUGACAUUGAUGGAUUUCCUUGUGUCCAUGCAAUUGCAGCAUGUAAGCAUCAACAUAUCUCUCCAUAUUUCCUUUGCUCGGUGCAUUACUCAGUUGACUCACUCCGUGAUGCAUAUUCGGAAACCAUAUAUCCACUUAAAAGUCAGUGGCAUGCUCCAGAUGAUGUCAUAAACCAGGUUGUACUUCCACCUCAAAUUGGCAAACAGUCAGGAAGACCGAGAAAGAAGAGGAUUCAAUCUCAAGGAGAGGAGCGUCAUCAAUAUAGAUGCGGGAGGUGCAAACAGGUUGGUCACAGCAGCUGAUCAUGCUCCGCCGCCGUACCUCUUAAUAGCACUAACAACCAACAGCACCACUGAAACGAACGCCCAUCAAUCGCAUGAUGCUAUAUUCAGACAAUGAGGCCAUGUUAUGUGGUAUGCGUGUGUAUGAAAUGUAGUCAGGAAUGCAAUUAGUUGGUCAACCGCGUAACGUGUGUUUUGGCGUAAUAGACGUUGGCUUUAUGUGUUCUUUUAUUGUCAAAUUCAUCUGUCGUAUUGUUUUAAUAACAUAUCAUUCCGUCUUCAGUUUUUGGUUCAGUUGUUUGUAUGUUUCUUACUAUUGCAUGGAUGAUAUUACUGCCUAA